UGUCCGGUAUGUUUCACAAAAUAUUUGUUUCCUGUUCUUUCAGUGAUAAAUCGUCAACAUGCCUCCAAAGAAGGAUUCAAAAGGAGGAGCAAAACAACCACAAAAGACCCAAAAGAAAAAAGAAGGGUCUGGUGGUGGUAAAGCCAAAAAGAAGAAGUGGUCAAAAGGAAAAGUUCGUGAUAAGUUAAACAAUCAAGUGUUGUUCGAUAAAGCUACAUAUGAAAAAUUAUACAAAGAAGUACCACAAUACAAACUUAUUACACCAUCUGUUGUAUCUGAACGUUUGAAGGUACGAGGAUCUUUGGCACGAAGGGCGUUGAUUGAACUUCAACAAAAAGGAUUAAUUAAGCAAGUUAUCCAACACCACGCGCAAUUAAUCUACACCCGUACCACAAAAGGUGAUGAUCCUGUAGCAUAAGAUGUAUACAUUUAUUAAUAAAUUUAUUAAAAAACUUUAAUAAAUA